AUGAAAAAUCUUAAAAUUGUUGGAGUACAAAAGCAAAAUUUACAUUCAACAAAGGAUUAUUUAGAUGCAUUAGAAAUGAUUACUUCAAUAGAAUCAUUACAACAAUAUUUUAAAAAUUAUAUUAUACCAAUAAUUGCAGAUUGGCCUGGACAAUAUUUUAUUCGAAAAAUUUUAACACAUUAUUAUCAAAAAGUUAGUCCUAUUGGUACAAGAAAUUUUACUCUUUUAACAGUUCCUGAAAAUAUUA